AUGUGCGCCAACGGUGGCAUCCACCUGUUCACACUGAUGGACUGGUACUCUGGCUCGUGGUCGCUGCUGGUGCUGGCACUGCUGGAGGUCGUCAUCGUGGCCUGGCUAUUCGGCGCCGAGCGGAUGCUGGAUCUGAUGCAGCAGAGGAUGAACAUCUGGAUCCCGCGGCCGCUGCACGCCUACUGGCGCUUCACCUGGCGCUACCUGUCGCCGCUCUGUAUCGUUGCCAUCCUGGUGUUCUCAGUGGUGCAGUACGUGCCGGCCUACUACGGCACGGGCGACACCCGGCGCGACUACCCUCCCUGGGUGAACGGCCUCGGCUGGAUCAUCUCCCUCGCGCCCAUCCUGCUCGUCAUCAUUGUGGCCGUCUACCAUCUGAGGACCAGUAAACAGGGCUGGCGGGAGCUGCUGGAGGCCACUGACGGCUGCGGACGGUCGGCGGCGGUUCACCCCGCCCUGCCCGCCGUGGAAACCAGCUCCACCGACGGCAACGGCGGGCUGGCCAACGCGGCCUUCGAGCUCGGCGAGACGGGAAAGGCGUCCGAGAAACAUUCCAACGGCGCCUCCCCGUCGGCGUUCUGA